AGAUUUCAAGUAAUAUUUUAAUUUGCCGUUGAAGAACAUAGAAACAGAGAAAGAAAGGGGAAGAACAGACUGAGCAGAGAAAAAACCUCCAUGUCUUUAGCUCCGUGAAAACUCUUUCUUUGCAGCAAAAUCUUCGAUUCCAUUCUUCAUUUCCCAAAAAUGUUUCGUUUUCUCUCCAAAACACCUAUCCGUCUUCCUCAAAUCGCCAUUUUCAUUAUCCCAACCUCCAAUGCCAAUUCCAAUGCCAUUGGACAACAACUAUUCCUCAAAUCCCUCUCCACCCUCUCUCCUCCUUCUUCUUCAUCAGAUUCGACUGUGGACUACUUCAUAAACUCCCUCGGCCUCUCCCCAGAUUCAGCUCUCACGGCGGCCAAGCUCAUCCGCCGUCAACCCACUGCGAAAUCCGAUUCCGUGCUCGAGCUUUUCCGGCACUACGGUUUCUCUUCCGCCCAAAUCGCCGACAUCUUUUCAAGAUUCCCUUCUCUCCUGUUAUCGGACCCACAAAAGAAUCUCAAACCCAAGCUCGAAUUCCUCUCUAAGAACGGCAUUUCCGGCCAAGCUCUUCUCAGCAUUGUCUCCACGGACCCCACCAUUCUCCUGCGGAGCUUGAACAAGCAAAUCGAACCCUGUAUUGGGUUCCUCAAGACAUUCUUCAAAAAUAACAAGGCUGAAAUCGUUUCUCUCUUGUCAGUCAAGCGCGGAACUUGGGUCAUUCACAAGUUCUCGGAGACAAUGGCCCCGAACAUCGAAACUCUUAGAAGCCAUGGCGUGUCGGAUGCUUGUAUUAAGAAGAUGAUAAUUGUGAGGCCGGCAGCUCUGUCUCGAUUCGCAGACGACUUCAGUGAAUUCGUGAGGGUGGUUAAGGAAAUGGGUUUCGACCCUUCGAGCGUGAUGUUCAUCCAUGGCGUGUGUACCUUCUCGGGGAUGAAGAAGGACAAGUGGGUAUCGAAAUUGGAAGUGUUUAAGAGGUUUGGAUGGUCGGAGGAGGAGGUCCGGUCAUUGGUUGUUAAGCAACCGAAGGUGAUGAACUCGUCUAGUGAGCGUUUGAACAAGUCCUUGGAUUUCUUCAUGAACAAGUUGGGAUGGAGUGUGGAUGAUAUUUCCAAAUAUCCAACUGUUCUUCUUCUUAGCUUUGAGAGGAGGGUUUUUCCGAGGUCAAUUAUACUUAAGUUUUUGAUCUUAAAGGGUCAUAUUGACAAGAAAAAGAUGGGCUCUGGGUUUAUUUUGCCGGAGGAUAAAUUCUUGAAGAACUUUGUCAUGGAAUAUGAGGAAAAACUUCCACAGCUUCUGGAUAUGUAUCAAAGCAAGAAACAAGUUAUAUAACAUGUUAUUUCACAUGACAUGGUAAUUAAGGGCACCCUGUAAUAUCUAGGAGACACACAAAUUUUCUGCUUCAAUGCCUAUGUUUUCAGGUCUUUUAUGUAAGCGAGCCCUUUCACCUCUUUUUGUUUCUGAAUGCCCUUUGAUUGCAAUCUGCUUAUUCCACACACACACACACAAGUUCACAGUGGGUAUCAUUACAGUCCUUUUCUAGUGGACUAGAGGUGAAAUUUCUAUUUUUUUCCUUCUUUGGAAGGCUAUUUGUCGAUGUGACUUGCUUUAAUGAGAAAGACUGAUAAUUAGUUCUUAACUUUUCAUUCAUGUUUUUGGAUGAAACAAUUACAGCAAGAUUGUUGAAUAAAGUUUGUUCAAUAAAGAAUCAAUUUUUUUCUUUUUAACAGUUAGUCUGAGAGGAGGUUUCUCUUAGAAACACAAUUGGAUUAUAAAUUUGAAUGCUUUAUUGAUUUUGUGGUUGAUGCUUUUCAGUUUUUUAACCAAUAAAUGGAAUUUAAUUCUAGUCUUUCAGUUAAGCAGCAUCAUUCAUAUUUCUCAC